AUGAGACAAGUGUUGGAUGUUCUCCAGGACUCGACGGUUGCGUCGAAGAUUGGCAAGGACAAACGGUCUCGUUUCUGGGGGGUGUACAAACGAGUCGCAGAGGAACACGACAGCGAGUUCCUCGAGCGAUACACUGGUGACAUGGACAUUGUCUUGGUCUUCUCUGGUCUCUUCUCCGCCGUCAGCACUUCUUUUAUUGUAGCGAUGGAGGCUAGUCUCAGUCCCGACCCUAGCGACACCACGAAUGCCCUUCUGAAGCAACUCGUGUACAUCGGACUCGGCAACCUCGCUGCGGCGGGCUCUACACCUGCAGACCUAGUAUCUAUGUGGUCGCCAACCGCGCCGACCCUAUGGAUUCAAACGAUCGCAUAUGCAAGCUUGUCCAUGAGCUUGCUCGCUGCAUUCGGGGCCGUACUAGGCAAGCAAUGGCUCGGGUACUACAAGUCGAAUAGAUACGGCCGCGGCUCGCAGGAGGAACGAGGAAAGCGCAGGCAGGAGAAGUUUGACGGCCUCGUCACAUGGUAUUUCGAUGCUGUCGUACAAUCCUUUCCGGUCUUACUUCAAUUCUCACUUCUUCUCUUUGGAAUCGCCCUCGGCGCCAACAUGUGGUACGAGCAGCCCAGCAUCGCUUGGGUGAUCAUUGCCACAACGGUCUUUGGAUUUCUGUUCUAUUCGCUGACAGUGAUGGCAUGUCUGAUAUCUCCCGCCUGUCCAUUUCAGACGCCGAUAUCGACGAUCUUGCGCAUAUUGCGCAUGGACAGUGAGAUCAUUUUGUUGAAUUCUGGUGGUCGUUCCUAG